UCAAAGCGGUGAAGCAAAGGUGAGCGGGGUGCAGCGACUAGGGCCGGGCCCUUUCGCUCCGGUCGCCGGUGAGGGCCGCGGGGCGCAGGCGGGCCGAGUCCGGCGGAACGGGUUCACGGCCGACCGCCGCGAGGGCUGCCGCUGCGCCAAGGGGCGGCGGUGGGGGGAUCCGCGGAGCUCCGCCUGCCCCGGCCCGCUGCUCUCUGCCCCUUGACGUGGCGCGGACGCUCCCAUCAGCCAUGUUGCCUGCGUCGGCAGCGCGGGGGAGGCUGCGUGCGUGUGGGGGAGAGCGAGAGAGGCGGCGGCGGCGGCCGGGACGUGGGUGAUUAAACACAGAAGUUGACCAUGACAACCUUCCUGGAAUUUAUCCAGCAGAAUGAGGACAGAGAUGGAGUUCGAUUCAGCUGGAAUGUUUGGCCUUCAAGCCGUCUUGAAGCCACAAGAAUGGUGGUCCCAGUGGCCGCCCUCUUCACGCCACUGAAGGAACGGCCAGACCUGCCUCCUAUCCAGUAUGAGCCAGUUCUGUGCAGUAGGACCACGUGCCGAGCUGUUCUGAAUCCAUUAUGCCAAGUGGAUUAUCGAGCAAAACUCUGGGCUUGUAACUUCUGUUAUCAGAGAAAUCAGUUUCCUCCUACCUAUGCUGGCAUAUCUGAAAUGAAUCAGCCAGCUGAACUUUUGCCUCAGUUCUCCAGUAUUGAAUACGUAGUACAGCGUGGUCCUCAGAUGCCAUUAAUAUUUCUUUAUGUUGUGGACACAUGCAUGGAAGAUGAGGACUUGCAAGCUCUGAAGGAAUCCAUGCAAAUGUCUCUUAGUCUUCUGCCACCAACUGCAUUAGUAGGUCUCAUUACCUUUGGUCGAAUGGUUCAAGUUCAUGAGCUCGGCUGUGAAGGAAUAUCCAAAAGUUAUGUGUUCAGAGGAACAAAGGACCUAUCUGCAAAACAGCUUCAGGAAAUGCUAGGGCUUACAAAAGUAGCUGUUUCACAAGUUGGUCGGGGUCCUCAAGUGCAGCAGCCACCACCUUCUAACAGGUUUUUGCAACCAGUGCAGAAAAUUGAUAUGAAUCUUACUGAUCUUUUGGGUGAAUUGCAACGGGAUCCUUGGCCUGUUCCACAGGGAAAACGGCCCUUACGUUCUUCUGGAGUGGCUCUUUCUAUAGCUGUAGGACUCCUGGAGUGCACUUUCCCUAACACUGGUGCGCGUAUAAUGAUGUUCAUUGGAGGACCAGCCACCCAAGGACCUGGCAUGGUUGUAGGGGAUGAAUUGAAGUUACCUAUAAGAUCAUGGCAUGACAUUGAAAAAGACAAUGCCAAAUAUGUUAAAAAGGGUACUAAGCAUUUCGAAGCCCUGGCUAAUCGGGCUGCCACAAAUGGUCAUGUUAUUGACAUAUAUGCGUGUGCAUUGGAUCAGACUGGUCUUCUGGAGAUGAAGUGUUGUCCCAACUACACUGGAGGCUACAUGGUAAUGGGAGACUCUUUCAAUACAUCUUUAUUCAAGCAAACCUUUCAGAGGGUAUUCACAAAAGAUAUGCAAGGCCAAUUUAAAAUGGGAUUUGGUGGCACAUUAGAAAUAAAGACUUCAAGAGAAGUAAAGAUUUCUGGAGCCAUUGGACCCUGUGUCUCCCUCAACUCUAAAGGACCUUGUGUCUCUGAAAAUGAGAUUGGAACAGGAGGUACUUGUCAGUGGAAGAUUUGUGGACUUAAUCCUACUACAACACUUGCACUGUACUUUGAGGUGGUCAACCAGCACAAUGCUCCCAUUCCUCAAGGAGGACGUGGCGCAAUCCAGUUUGUGACUCAGUACCAGCAUUCCAGUGGACAGAGACGUAUCAGAGUGACCACAGUUGCCAGAAAUUGGGCAGAUGCACAGACACAGAUUCAAAACAUUGCUGCAUCUUUUGACCAGGAGGCUGCUGCAAUUCUCAUGGCCAGAUUGGCAGUGUAUAGGGCAGAGACAGAAGAGGGGCCUGACGUGCUUAGGUGGCUGGACAGACAACUUAUACGACUGUGCCAGAAAUUUGGAGACUAUCAUAAAGAUGAUCCCAGCUCUUUCAGAUUUUCAGAAACAUUUUCACUUUACCCACAGUUUAUGUUUCACUUGAGAAGAUCUCCUUUCUUGCAAGUUUUUAACAACAGUCCGGAUGAGAGCUCCUACUAUCGUCAUCAUUUCAUGCGUCAAGAUCUAACCCAGUCGCUUAUCAUGGUCCAGCCAAUCCUUUAUGCCUACUCUUUCAAUGGACCUCCAGAGCCUGUUCUUCUGGAUAGCAGCAGCAUCUUACCAGAUCGCAUUCUCCUUAUGGACACCUUUUUCCAGAUCCUUAUUUAUCAUGGAGAGACCAUAGCUCAGUGGCGUAAAUCAGGUUACCAGGAUAUGCCAGAAUAUGAAAACUUCCACCACUUAUUGCAAGCUCCAAUAGAUGAUGCCCAAGAAAUUCUUCAUUCCAGAUUUCCAAUGCCCAGAUACAUUGAUACAGAGCAUGGAGGAAGCCAGGCUCGUUUCCUGCUUUCAAAAGUAAAUCCCUCUCAGACUCACAACAAUAUGUAUGCAUGGGGACAGGAGUCUGGAGCACCCAUUCUUACUGAUGACGUCAGCUUGCAAGUAUUUAUGGAUCAUCUGAAGAAACUUGCUGUCUCUAGUGCUGCCUGAGAUUCUGCAGUGCAUUAAAGGCACAGAUAAGCUGUAGCCAUAUUUCAGCUUUUUCUCCUUUAUCCUUUUCCAUGUCUCUCUUGACAGAAUGCUCUGAUAUGCACAAGCUGCCUGACUGGAUGUGAAAGAGUGUUUUCAAAGAAAAGCUUUUAUUAUCAGCAACUGCUGUAAUGUGAACUGCAGUUUGUAAAAAUGACAGGUAAUAGAUUAAGUUAUAAUUAGAGGAAAAAGGGCAGUCAUUUUGAUUACUCUGUUGCUAUAAUUACUCUGAGAUAAUUUAUAACAACUUUGGAGAUGUGAUUUCAGUUCCCAUUUGAAAUGGUUGAGGUGGAUUCUGCUGUGCACUACAAAGGCACGUUGAACAAUAAAGGAAAUCUUUGGUGAUGUCGGGCUUUCCAGACCGCCAUGUGAUUACUUUUGCUUACUUGAUUUGAGCACAAAGUGAACAAAGAAACAACAAAAAAGCAUACAAAACUAUAAAAGCAUCUAAAACUUAGUCUUUUGACCUAGGCUGCCAAGCUUUUCUUUCCUGCGGAGGUGUUAUUGUCUGUGCUCGUAGGAGUAUUUAAUUUCCCUUAGGAGAUUUUUUUCUUUCUUUAUUUCUCCACAAAGAAUUUGAAACUGAAAAAGUAAAAAAAAAAAAUGCUGU